CUUGCCACCAUCGCCGCCGCCCCAUGACGAACCUAUGCCGAGUAUCCUGUCCCAAUUUGCAACAAUGAGGGAUCCUGUGGACGAGAACCGAGCUAGGUCGGCAGACGGAGAAAGGCACAGGCCACCUAGUCCCUACGGACGCGAGGAGGAACAGGGUGAGUACUCGUUACAUCCCGACGCCGCCGCGACCACACCCGCGCCCGAAAACACUAUCUCUCCGCCGAAUGGAACCCCAGCGCCAUCGCAGGACCAGUCUGCAGAGGGUAUUCUACCGGUACAAGAGGUUUUACAGGAACGCACAAGAGAUUUCGAGGACUCCGCGCCCCCGCCGACGCCGCCAGCCAAACCAGUACCCUCCAACCCCGUGUCUCCUGCGACGCGCCGCGAAAGCGCCCUGCCUGCUUCUCCCCAGGCUACCAAUGGACACGCAAGGCCGUCCGUGGACAGCAGGCCUUCCACCCCCAACGGACGCUUCCCUACGAGACAAUCUUCGGACUCGCACAAGCGGUCGCUCACGCUUUCCAAAGGCAACACAGUCUCAGUGGUUCUCAUAUCCUCUGCGCUGGAGAUCAUCGCUGCGUCCAAGGAAGCGAAACGCUCUACCCCUCUUCGCGAAAGCGUACAACGCGCGUUGGAAAUGGUCAAGUUGGGGCAAGGCGGCGACCGUCCUAGGGAGAUUUUCGAGCCGCUGCGUCUGGCUUGCGAGACGCGCAACGAGAAGCUAAUGAUAGCAAGUUUGGACUGCAUCUCUAAGCUCAUCUCGUACUCGUUCUUUGCCGAGAAUAUCUCCACACCGCAGGCACCAUCCUCCCCGCCUCCCUCGCCCGGUCCGAACUCUCGUAACUCCAUGUCAAAUGGGUCACAGACGUCGCUGCAGCCACCUUCACUUGUUGACCUGGUCGUGCACACUAUUACCUCCUGCCACACGGAGAACACCCCCGAGACCGUUUCCCUACAGAUUGUGAAGGCGCUGCUUGCUCUGGUCCUCUCGCCGACAAUUCUGGUUCACCAGUCCUCCCUCUUGAAGGCUGUCCGGACGGUCUACAACAUCUUCCUGCUGAGUCUCGAUGCUGUGAACCAGAUGGUAGCUCAGGGAGGGCUAACCCAGAUGGUGAACCAUGUGUUCGCUCGUUGCAAGCUCAGCUCGCUACCUCAGAACGAAUCUAUGACCACUCUUGCUAUGCGCGAUAGCGAGAGCGUGAAGUCCCCUCGGCGACCUUCCACCGUGCUAUCUCCGCGGAACUCUUUGCCGCUUCCUCCGCAGACACCCUCGGUGAACGGUAGUGAAGAGACCGGGACUACGUUGGUCCAAGAAGACGGUGAAGGGUCAUCGACAGCGGCGUCUCAGGCAGAAGAAACCGCGGACGAGCCUUCGGAGAAUGGCGCCGCGGAGGGAGACGUAAACGGUUCACAUCACUCCAUGAGAGAAGCUUCGGAAUCUGCUGCGAGCGAAGCGCUUCCUGACGAGGAGCCUGAGGCCGAUAUUCCACUUCGCGAACUCACGACCAACGACAUGUUCAUUAAAGACGCUUUCCUUGUCUUCAGAGCGUUAUGCAAAUUGACCAUGAAGCCUUUGAACAGCGAAAGUGAGCGCGACUUGAAGUCCCACGCCAUGCGGUCGAAGCUGCUUUCCUUACACCUCGUUCUCAUGAUCUUGAACUCGCACAUGCCCAUCUUCGUCUCUCCCUCCGCCAUCAUCUACUCAUCUUCGUCCCACGAGGCCACACCAUUCAUUCAGGCCGCGAGUCAGUACCUAUGCUUGUCUUUGAGCAGGAAUGCGGUCAGUCCUGUACCCCAGGUCUUCGAGAUUAGCGUCGAGAUCUUCUGGAGGGUCGUCGCCGGCCUUCGCACCAAGCUCAAGAAAGAGAUCGAAGUUCUCCUCCACGAGAUCUUCAUUCCUAUCCUUGAGAUGAAGACUUCGACGUUGAAGCAGAAGGCGGUCAUCCUCAGCAUGCUUCAGCGGCUCUGCCAGGAACCUCAAGCCCUCGUGGAGAUCUACCUGAACUAUGACUGCGACGGCGAAGCAGUUGAUAACAUCUACGAGCACUUGAUGAACAUCAUCUCGAAGAUUGGGACCGCGCCAAUAUCAUCCGUGCCGCAGAAGGGCAAUGACCCGAACAGCCCCGCUCUACAACCGCAGACGAAGCAGCACCAUGGACCUGGCCAGGUGCCACCCUCGUUUAGCACAGCCUCUCUUUCGGUUCCGGGUAACGUGGAUGUCUCUACCAUUGGAAACUCUGAGGCGCAACUUCGGAGACAAGGACUGGAGUGCCUAGUAGCUGUACUCAAGUCCCUGGUCUCGUGGGGGACGACGAACUCGUCUCCCCCCGAGCAUGCCUCGGAUCCGAUGACGCGCUCGCAGCUGGAAGAAUCUCACCGUGACAGUUCCACGCCGGACAUCACAACGGCUGGACUCUCGCCCGGUGGCGUGGAUCCGACAAGGGGACCUACUCCUGAGGUUGUCGACGACCCCACCAAAUUCGAGAGCGCGAAGCAGAAGAAGACGACGCUGCUAGAGGGUAUCAAGAAGUUCAACUUUAAGCCCAAGCGUGGCAUCGAAUUCCUCAUCGAAACCGGCUUUAUUGCCAGCAGGGAACCUAAAGACAUAGCGCGAUUCCUGCUCGAGACCGACGGCCUCAACAAGGCGGCGAUUGGCGAGUAUCUCGGCGAGGGCGACGAGGAAAAUAUCACCAUCAUGCACGCCUUUGUCGAUACGAUGGAUUUAGGCAACAUGCCCUUCGUCACCGCGCUCCGUACGUUCCUGCAGGCUUUCCGUCUUCCCGGAGAGGCCCAGAAGAUCGAUCGUUACAUGCUCAAGUUUGCUGAACGGUAUAUCGCGACCAACAGCAACACACCGUUCACGAAUGCCGACACUGCGUAUGUACUUGCAUACUCUACCAUCCUGCUCAACACGGACGCCCACAACCCGCAAGUGAAGAAUCGCAUGACUAAGCAGGGCUUCAUCGCGAACAACCGAGGCAUCAACGACGGUCAAAACCUGCCCGAGGACCUCCUCAACGCAAUUUAUGACGAGAUCGUGAGUAACGAGAUCCGCAUGAAGGAUGAGGUCGAAGCUGCACCUACCGUUGUAGCGCCUGCUCCUGGAAUCGCAGGCGUCCUCGCGAACGUCGGUAGGGACUUCCAGAAGGAGGCAUAUGUCAUGCAGUCCAACAACAUGGCGAGCAAGACGGAGGCCCUAUUCCGCACCCUCAUGCGGUCGCAGCGGAGAGGAACGAAGUCGAAUGAGCAGUUCUUCAGCGCGUCCCACUUUGUACACGUCCGGCCCAUGUUCGAGGUUGCCUGGAUUCCCUUCCUCGCCGGAAUCUCCGGGCCGCUCCAGGACACGGACGACAUCGAGGUCGUGGAGCUUUGCUUGGAGGGCUUUAAGGCGGCUAUCCACAUUGCCUGCUUCUUCGACUUGGAACUCGAGCGCAACGCCUUCGUCAGCACUCUUGCCAAGUUUACGUUCUUGAACAACUUGGGCGAGAUGAAGACGAAGAACAUGGAGGCGAUCAAGACGCUGCUGGACGUCGCCGUCACCGAGGGCAACCACCUCAAGGCCUCAUGGCGCGAAGUGCUUACUUGUGUCAGUCAGCUAGAGCACAUGCAGCUCCUCAGCAGUGGUGUCGAUGUCCCCGAUGCAGGACGGAAGGGCCGUGUGCGCAAACCGCCCACCGAGGAGCUGGCCAAUGAGAGUCGGUCCACACACAUCACCGUUGCCGCAGAUAUGGUGUUCUCUCUCAGUCACUAUCUCUCAGGAACGGCGAUUGUCGACUUCGUUCGGGCGUUGUGUGAUGUCUCUUGGGAGGAGAUCCAGUCCUCCGGUCUCUCCCAGCACCCCCGGUUGUUCAGCUUGCAGAAGCUUGUGGAGAUCUCGUACUACAACAUGAACCGUAUCCGUCUGGAGUGGUCGAACAUGUGGGAUAUCCUCGGCGAACACUUCAACCAGGUGUGUUGCCACAAGAACCCGCACGUCGGGUUCUUCGCCUUGGACGCUCUUCGUCAACUAGCCAUGCGCUUCUUGGAGAAGGAGGAGCUCGCACACUUCAAGUUCCAGAAGGACUUCCUGCGCCCGUUCGAAUAUACCAUGAUCCACAACUCCAACCCCGAUGUCCGCGACAUGGUUCUGCAAUGUCUACAACAAAUGAUUCAAGCCCGUGUCCACAAUCUACGCUCUGGUUGGAGGACGAUGUUCGCGGUCUUCUCUGCUGCCUCCAAAGCUGCAACAGAGCGCAUCGCCAACUCGGCGUUCGAGAUCGUCGUGCGACUGAACAAGGAGCACUUCUCAUCUAUAGUCCGCCACGGCUCGUUCGCGGAUCUGACCGUCUGCAUCACUGACUUCUGCAAAGUGAGCAAGUACCAGAAGAUCAGCUUGUUAGCCAUCGGAAUGCUUCGCGACAUCAUCCCGACCAUGCUGGAGUGUCCCGAUUGCGGGUUCAAGGAGACGAAUCACUCUGCGACCGAUGACCCCAUGAUCAAGUAUUGGUUCCCGGUCUUGUUCGGGUUCUACGACGUGAUCAUGAACGGCGAGGACCUCGAAGUGCGGCGCCUUGCGUUGGACUCUCUCUUCAGUACUCUCAAGAAGUACGGAUCGACGUACCCUUUGGAGUUCUGGGACACCGUCUGCCAGGAGUUGCUGUUCCCCAUGUUCGCGGUGCUCAAGUCGAGCCAAGAUCUAUCGCGCUUCAGCACGCAGGAAGACAUGAGCGUCUGGCUGUCCACGACGAUGAUCCAGGCUCUCAGGAACCUCAUCGACCUGUACACCUUCUACUUCGAGACUCUGGAGCGGUUCCUCGACGGCCUGCUCGAUCUGUUGUGUGUGUGCAUUUGCCAAGAGAACGAUACCUUGGCUCGGAUAGGCACGUCAUGUCUCCAGCAGCUCCUGGAAAGCAACGUCAAGAAGCUCAGUCCCGCGAGAUGGGAACGCGUAGCGACGACCUUCGUCAAGCUCUUCAGGACAACAACGCCUCAUCAGCUAUUCGACGAAAGUCUGAGGGUAGAGAUCGAUGGCAACGGCGCCGACCUCCAGGAUGCCGCAGAUUCGAACGACGGAGCGAUGAUCCCUGCGCCAUUGUCGCCUAACAGCGAGCAACCCAAGGCGGGAGCGAGGAUGUCUCUCAACGAGCGGCGACGCAUCUUCAGGCAGAUCAUUGUCAAAUGUGUCCUGCAGCUGCUCCUCAUCGAGACCACCAACGACUUGCUGCGGAACGACGAGGUGUACAACACCAUCCCGCCCGAGCACCUGCUCCGGUUGAUGGGCAUUCUGGAUCACAGCUACCAGUUUGCGAGGAUGUUCAACGAAGACAAGGAGCUCCGCACCGGCCUGUGGAAAGUUGGGUUCAUGAAGCAUCUGCCGAACCUUCUGAAGCAAGAGUCGAGCAGCGCGUCGACGCUCGUCCACGUUCUCCUGCGCAUGUAUUACGAUCCUCGACCUGAUCACCAGGCGGCGCGACCCCAGGUAGCGGAUCGUCUCAUGCCACUCGGCCUCGGCGUGUUGCAAGACUUCAACAAGUUGCGCCUAGAUACACAAGCCAAAAACAUCGCAGCUUGGACGCCGGUCGUCGCUGAGAUCCUACAAGGAUUUGUCCGUUUCGAUGACAAGGCGUUCACUAGAUACCUCCCCGCCGUGUACCCGCUCGCGACGGACCUCCUGUCGAGAGAGAUGGCGCCCGAGAUCCGGGAGGGACUGCGGGAGUACUUCCUGCGGGUUGGAUAUAUCCAGGGCAUCGUAGAACGUUCAUGAUCUCGUACAGUCGCCUGCUAUCUUAUUGCUCCACACGGUUGUAUAAUGGCCUCUUCGGGUAUAUUAAUGCAAUGUUUCCAGUUAAU